UCCAUACACAGAUUGCUCUUCUGUUUGGAUUCGCAGCACUGUUAAAAUCAUCGAUUGCAGCACCGGAUAGUGCAGGAAUAGUAGAAAUGGAGAAUGGAUUGGCAUAUGGUGGGAUUCCGUACGGAAGUGUAAGUGGCAUGCUCGCGAAAUAUCCGGGAUACGGGCAGAUUAACGCACAGUUUCAAGCCAGACAAUUAGACAUUUUAACUAGUACUCAACGACCGAUAAUUAUCACGCCGAAUCUCCGAGCUACACGACUGGUGGGAAUUUCACCUCGCCCCAUACAAAUCUACAAUCUUCGUGGAGUCAUCGCACCCGGAAUUGUCGGCACAAUUAGUCAAAUUGGUUAUUAAUCCGUUUCACUGUUCCGUCAACCUCACUAUAAUCAUCAGACAUUCGGAUAAAUUAGUCGAUCGAGCUUUCGUCUUCUCGCUAUGAUUUUUUUCAAGAACCCAUGUCAAACCGUUCAAGAUUGCCAUCGUAAACUUACGUUCUUACGACAUUAUCUAUUAGUAAUUAUAACUAUAAAAUAAAAAUUUCUAUUG